AUGACCCUCCCAUCAACCACCUACUGGAAUAGCGACGAACUAACAUCGCCAGAUUCCAAAGCUGCAGUUGCAGCCAUCUUGGAGUCCGGAUCACAAAUUGAUCCCGCGUUUAACCAGCAAGGCCAACAACGAGGACAAUCAUCCCAACAAUCAACAUCCCAACAACAAUCAUCACGAGCAUCUCAAUCUCGGGCUCAAAGAUCUCAACAAGACCAACAACAGCAAUCGCAACAGCAAUCGCAACAGCAAUCGCAACAGCAGCAGCAGCAACAACAACAAGACGUAAACGACCAGGAUCAGCAAGAUAAUGGCGACGCUCGAGGGUCUGGCCAAUCAUCCGGAACUUCUUUGAGUGGGGGUAAUGGAUCUCAACAAUCAUAUGGGCAAAUUCCAAAUGAUGACCAACAACAUCACCAUCACCAACAACAACAAUUACACGGGAUGGGAAUUGAUGUUAAUGGACAAGGAGGGCACCCGGCAGCCCAUGGGCAACAUAACCUGAUUGAAACUUCUGAGCCUUUAACAUCACAUAUUAAUGGUGGGACUUCCAGUGGUGUUAAUAAUUCUAUUGGAGCUGGACGGCCGUUAAGUAGCUCCAAACGAGCACAACAAAACCGACAAGCCCAGCGGGCGUUUCGGCAACGCAAAGAAAUGUACAUUAAAGAUCUUGAAGCUAAAGUGAAUGAGCUUAAGACGACUAAGGAAACUAUUGAGGCGUUGCGCCAGGAAAAUAUCCAACUACGAGAUUACAUUCUGGCGCUCCAGUCGCGGCUUAUUGAGCAUCCUGGAGGAGUUCCUACGCCGCCCGCAGUUUAUGCUCGUCAAGGUGGAGGUAAUGGGAACAAUAAUAGUGGAGGAGUAGGAGGAGGAGGAAGUAACGGUAGUGGAUCUGGUGGUGGUGGUGGUGUGCCUGGUAGCAAUGUCAGAGAUGGCAGUGGUAGUGGUGGCAAUGCUGGGGGAAGUGGUGGAAAUGGUGGUGGUAGUGGAGUGGGAUCUCAUCAUCAACAUCAUCAUCAUUCACAGCAUCACCAUGAACUUGGUCGUGGAGGAAUUCCUGAAGAAGAGGAUGAUGAUGAAGAUGCUGGACAUGGAGACGAGUCGCAGCAUCAUCAUGCCAACGUAGCUGCAGCGGCGGCGGCGGCAGCGGCGGCGGCAGAGGCAGCAGCAGCUGCUGCUGCUGCUGAGCAGAGUGGGCUUUAUGACCAGCACUAUGGGCAACACUCGUUUCAUCCACAGCCUCUUGAUCCAAGCAAAAUGAAGCGGGAUCUUUAG